AUGGAACCUUUUGAUACAGACUCGACUUAUCCUGUUGUUCGUGCCGAUGUGGAUGAGGAAGAAGCUAACAACAACAACAACAACAACAACAACAACAGUUGUUUAAAGCGUAAACAUUCAAAAUUUGGUUGUGUUGAAUGUAAAAGACGCAAAAUUAAAUGCGACGAAACAAAACCGUACUGCUGGCAAUGUUCACAUUUAAACAAGAAUUGUGUUUAUUUGACUUUGGAACAACAAAACUUUUUAAAAAAGAAGAAAAAAAUUGAAAAGAAACAAAGACAAAAAUUGAAAGCAGAAGCAAAUGACAAGCUUGAUUUUAUUUGCAAUAUAAACAAAGAAGAAGAAGAAGAAGAAGAAGAAGAAGAAGAAAAAGAGGGAAAGGAAGAAAAAAAAUAUCAAACACUAGAACCACCUUACAAUGACGCUAUAAAUAUUGAAACUUCAAAUGAGAAUGAUAUAAAGCAAUCACUGCUUGAUUCAAUUAUAUGGGAUGCCAACCAGUUGACCGCGGAUUUAAUCCAAGAGCUAUUACUGUCUGAUAUUGCUAUACCCCAGUUAGACCUCACCCAGACGUUGCAAGAUAAUAGUAUAUCGGACAAUUGUGCACCAAGCACCAGAUGGGACGAUAUAAGGGCAAAACUUGUAUUCUUUAAUAGUGAUUUGGAACUGUACUAUUUGGAAGUUUUUUAUCACAAAAUUUCAUGUUGGAUUUUGCCUCUAGUUAAUUCGCCGGAUAAUAAUAUUAGCAACAAGCUUUUAUUUAAUGAAAUAAUUGAAAACGCCAAAAGGCCAUCAUUGAGGUCUUCAUAUUCAUCCUCGUCCUACCUUCGAUAUGCAAUGAUUGCCAUGGCAGCAAAAUAUUUAUUUAACAUAACAAGUCUCGAAAAUCAUAAAAUCAUCAAGGAAAAAUAUUUAAAAAUGUGCGUUUUGACAUUGAGCGCUGAGUUUGAUUCCACUUCCAAUACAGAUAAUUUAAUAUCAGAAAAAAUCAGAUCCUUAAUUUUAUGUAUUUUACUGUUAGCUAUGGACAGUAGUUCUAAUAGAAUUGAUUGGCAGGUUCACUUGCGAGGCGCCAAAGAUAUUUUUUUCAAAUAUUUGAAGAUCAACUCACAGACAGCUGGCAUCCAAACAUUAGAAACUUUGGCAUUAUCCAAGUCAUGGUUUGCAGCCAUUGAAAUUGUUGCCCUUUUAACAACAAAUUACCAAGGGUCCAAUGAUUCUAACGCUGAAUUAGAUGAAAUGUUAAACGUUGGAUCAUUUAGCCCCAAUGCAGAAAUUCUAUAUAAAAUGAAUUUAUUAACUGAUAAUGGGUACAACGUAUUUCUAGGGGUUUCUACCGAGUAUAUAGAGUUUUCUAAAAAUGUAAUCAAAUUUAGAGGAUCAAAAGAUCAAAAAGAUCCGUAUAGUGAUCAUUUUUUGUUAAUAUGCAGCAUGGUUCAGUCUUGUAGAGACUUCAAUUUAAUUCCAAAUAAUUUUGGGAAACUAAUAGAACAGGAUUAUAUUAAAUCGUUUAAUGAGUGCAAGAACCUGGAUUCUAUCUACUUACAGAGCAUUAUUCGGGUAAAAGGUGAGUAUUACUCUUUUUACGAUGUAGUACAACAAAUACAUGUGGAAGCACUUUUUAAAACAUAUUUAGAUACUUUAAAUUUGAAAGAUACGAUACUACAGGACAAAAGUAUGGAUAGAUUGCACAAAUUUAUUGACUGGGGAUUUGAAUCUGAUGACGAAACAAUUAAAUAUCAUUUUAUUAUAGAAGAUAUUAAAAAUGCCAAAGUAAGUACAUACGAUGAUUUAAAAAUUGACAUGUCUGAUUUAAUUACUGAAGAACUAAGAGUUGAUUGCUUUAAGCUGAUGAUGUGGCAUUUUGCCCUAGUAUUAUUUAGUCUCAACUUGAGUGAUAAAGAUGUUGCUAAAAAAUGUAAGAUGCUGGCAUAUUUCCAGGUUUUAGCGAAAAAUUGUGGGGCAGAAAGUGCAAAACAUUCUGUUGGGCUAUUAUUAAAUAAAUGGUACAAUGGGAAAGUGUCAAACAGUGGUGUCCUACCCUUUUCUUAA